AUGGAAGAGUAUGAUGUCAUUAUAGUAGGCUUAGGAUGAGUAGGAAGCUCAGCCGCCUACUAUUGAGCAAAACAAGGAAUGCAAGUACUUGGAAUAGAGCAGUUCCCCACCCCUGGAUCUUUAGGAUCAAGCUCUUUUGGAGAAACUAGGAUGUGGAGAGUAACUCAUGGAAGUUAUUGGAAGAAUGAUAUGAUGAAGGACGCAAUUACUUUAUGGAGAGAGCUUGAAGAAGAGUCUGGAGAAGAACUCAUGCUCAAAUUCCCAGUGCUUAGUAUGGGAAGUUUGGAAAGCAAGGACUACAUGAACAUUAGAGCUCAGUAUCCUGAGUUACCUAAACUGUCUCCUAAGGAGAUUAGUGAAAAGUAUCCUGCGCUGCACAAUAUUCCUGAUGACUAUGAAGGACUUGAGCAUGAAAACUGUGGAGUAGUGAAAGCAAGAAAAGCCUUGCAGACAGUGACAAAGCUCACUCAAGUGAAAUAUGGAGCAGAGCUUCUUUUCGACACUAAAGUAGUAAGUGUCGAUAAAAAUUCAGUGACAAUUGAAGAUGGAAGAACAUUUUAUGGAAAAGAUAUUUGUGUAUGUGCUGGUGCUUACUCCAUUGAUUUUGAUAAAGAUAAAAUCGCAACAAGAAGAGAGAUCGAGUAUAUUGUCUUUGAAAGUCCAGAAGGUCUCCCUGGGGGUCUUCUUGAGUUCACAAAGGACGGUAAUGAGUAUUAUGGAAUGGUGGAUGGUGACAAUUUCAAAAUGGGGGAGUUUGCUCAAAGAUCCAUUGCAUCAAUGAAAGAUUACUUUAGAGACAGAAUGCCUGAAAAGUUUACUCAGAUAAAGUACUUCCAUCCUUGCUACAUCACGAUGACAGACACAGGUCACUUCCAGUACAAGACAGACAAGGAUGGGGUGCACUACGCCUACGGUUUCGAGGGAACUGGUUUUAAAUUUUUCCCUCUUCAUGGAAAAAUAGUACAUGACGGGUUGAUCACAAAGAAGGAUCAAACUCAUAUUCCUGAUGAAUACAGAGCUAAAAUAUAA